AUGAAAUCUGAAAGAGGGUCAUCAGCUGAAUGUAUCACAAAAAUACAAAAUAAUAUUCUAAGUGCACUUGUAUGGAAAGAUAAUCGUUUGGUUACUUUAUUGUCUACAUUUGUUGGUGAACAGCCAAAAUCUGAAGUUUUAAGGUUUUCUAAGUCUCAAAAAAAAAGUGUAAAUGUGCCAUGUCAAAGUGCUGUAACUAUUUACAACAAGCAUAUGGGAGGGGUAGAUUUGUUAGAUGCCAAUAUUGGCAGAUAUAAAAUCCGUAUGAGGAGUAGAAAAUGGUACAUAAGGUUGUUUUACCAUUUACUAAAUACAUGUGUGGUGAAUGCAUGGAUUUUGCAAAAGAGAGUUCUUACACAAAAAAAUGAAGAUGAUAAAAUUAUAACUUUGGCAAAAUUUAGGGAGGUAUUAGCUGUGACUUUGUGCCAAACAAGUAAAAACAUAAACAUAACUCCAACCAGAGGUAGACCUUGUAAAAAGGCUAAUAAUGUGUACAUGACAGAUAGAAAAAAACCUAGAGUAGUGCAUACAUCAACUAUAACUAAUCGAGAAAGAUAUGAUUGUGUUCUAAGAGCCUAG